AUGAAGUUUCAUUAUUUGUUGAUCGUCAGUGUUUUCUUAGUCGAAUUCAAUCAAGCAUCAAAAUGGGAACAAUGUCAUUUACCUCCUGGACGAUCGUGUACAAGUUUGACACCAACUUCAACAAAAUUAGAAGGUUUAGGUGUUUAUUAUGAAGAACCUUGUCAUGGAGCAGGAUGUGGAUUUUUCAAACCAUAUUGUCGUCUUUGUUGGAUCGAUCCUAAUGCACCUGGAAAAAUGGAUCGACCACCAUGUCCACCAUGUGUUUCGGAACAUUUCAAAGAAAAACAAUCAGCAAAUUCUCAAUGUCAUUUACCUAGUGAACGAUCGUGUACAAGUUUGACACCAACUUCAACAAAAUUAGAAGGUUUAGGUGUUUAUUAUGAAGAACCUUGCCAUGGAGCAGGAUGUGGAUUUUUUCGACCAUAUUGUCGUCUUUGUUGGAUCGAUCCAAAAGCACCUGGAAAAAUGGAUCGACCACCAUGUCCACCAUGUGUUGCACAGAUUUUAAAUGAAAAUUAA